UUAAGUGCCAACAGGUAUGGCUUCUUCCACAUCCUUCCUGUCAGAAGAUCAGUUCCUGUGUUAUAUCUGUCUGGACGUGUUCACUAAUCCUGUCUCUACUUCAUGCGGACACAACUUCUGCAAAGACUGUAUCACCAAGUACUGGGAUAACAUUGACCUGUGUCAAUGUCCCAUGUGUAAACAUACUUUUGAUAAGAGACCAGAUCUCCAUGUCAACACUUUCAUCUCUGAGAUGGCUGCUCAGUUCAGGACGUCAGAGCAACUGAAAGCUACCUGCAGCCCAGACCUGAAUCCUACUAAACCUGAAGUGUCAUGUGACAUCUGUACAGGUACCAAGGUCAAGGCCCUGAAGUCCUGUCUGGUGUGUCUUACCUCUUAUUGUGAGACUCACCUGGAGCCUCAUCAGGGAGUUGCAGCCUUGAAGAAACACAAGCUGAUCGACCCUGUGGAGAACCUGGAGAACAAGAUGUGUCAGAAGCAUGAGAGACCCCUGGAGCUGUUCUGUAGGACUGACCAGACGUGUGUGUGUCUGUUCUGCACUGAGACGGACCACAAGACCCAUGACACUGUUCCUUUAGAGGAGGCAUGUAAAGUGAGGAAGACUCUGAUUAAGAAGACAGAGCGAGACAUGCAGCAGAUGAUCCAGGAGAGACUGGAGAAGGUCAAGGAGAUCAAACUCUCAGUAGAGGCCAGCAAGAGAGAUACAGAGAGAGAGAGACAUCAGAGAGUAUUCAGGCCUUCACUGCUCUGGUACGCUCCAUUGAGAGAAGCCAUGCCGAGUUCAUUGAGGUGAUGGAGGAGAAGCAGAAAUCAGUAGAGAAACAGGCUGAAGGCUUCAUCAAAGAUCUGGAGCAGGAGAUCACUGAGCUGAAGAGGAGAAGCAUUGAGCUGAAGCACCUUUCACGCAUUAAGGACCACCUCCACCUGCUCCAAAUCUUCCCUUCCCCCAGCAUCCCUCCACACACCAAGGACUGGUCUGAGAUCAGUGUCCACAGUGAUCUGAUUGUGGGGGCAGUGAGGAGACUGGUGUCUAAACUGGAGGAGACACUCAAUAACGAGAUAGAGAAGCUGCCUGGAGUCAAGCUGAAGAGGAUUCAGCAGUAUGCAGUGGAUGUGACUCUGGACUCUGAUACAUCACAUCCUGGUCUCACCCGGUCUGCGGAGGCCACCAAGGCUGUGGCGGAGAUGAACAGAUGCAUCGUGGCCACCAACCCCCUCUACAGCCAGGCUCAGCUCACCAACCGGUACAUGGCCCCCGUCAGCACCGUACCCAACCCGGGCAUCAACAUCUACCAGCCUGCCCCACCCUUGGGCUACUAUAUCCUGCAGUUCCAGAACCCUUACUUUUCAGGCAACCAGCUGGCCCAGCUCAGACCCAGCCCUCGCUGGGCCACCGGGGGAGUCCGACCUCAACGUGAGUACAGAGAACGGGACACCCAUACAGGACCACUAGUAUACUGA